UCACAGGAAAGCAUGGCUGAAGAAAACAAUUCUGUGAUGGUGACAGACUUUGUACUUGCAGGCCUGACCCAUCGGCAGGGACUCCAGCUCCCCCUCUUCUUCCUGUUCCUGGCUUUCUACCUGCUCACUGUGGUAGGGAACUUGGGCCUGAUCACCUUGAUAAGCCUCAACUCUCACCUCCAUAUUCCCAUGUACUUUUUCCUCUUCAACUUGUCCCUCAUAGACUUCAGUUUCUCUACUGCCAUCGUCCCCAAAAUGCUGAUGAGUUUUGUUUUGAAGAGGAACCUGGUCUCCUAUGCAGGGUGCAUGACUCAGCUCUUCUUCUUUUGCUUUUUUGUCUUCUCUGAGUCGUUCAUCCUGUCAGCCAUGGCAUAUGACCGUUAUGUGGCCAUCUGUAAACCUCUGCAAUACACAGUCAUCAUGUCUCCUCAUGUGUGUUUGCUCCUCUUGUUGGGUGUCUAUGGGAUGGGGAUCUUUGGGGCCUUUUCCCACACAGGAAAUAUGUUGUUUUUGAUUUUCUGCGCUGACAACCUUAUCAAUCACUACAUGUGUGACAUCCUUCCACUUCUUGAACUUUCCUGCAAUGGCUCCUACAUCAAUGUACUUGUGGUCUGGAUUGUUGUGACCAUUGGUAUUGGGCUGCCCAUUGCGGCUAUUUUUGUCUCCUAUGGUUUCAUUCUGUACAGCAUUUGCCACAUCAAUUCCACGGAGGGCAGGUCCAAAGCUUUUAGCACUUGCAGCUCUCACAUCAUUGCUGUUUCUCUUUUCUUUGGAUCAGGAGCUUUUAUGUACCUCAAGCCACCUUCUCUGCUACCUCUGGAUCAGGGAAAAGUGUCUUCGCUAUUUUAUACUAUUGUAGUGCCCAUGUUUAAUCCAUUAAUCUAUAGCCUGAGGAAUAAGGAUGUCAAACUUGCCCUAAAGAAAACCUUGGAUAGAAUCAUGGCCCCUUGA